AUGGCUUCCCCAAGUUCAUUUCAUCUUGAUCAAAGAGUAUCCAUUGCUGGGAAAGGCUUAGGUACAAUUGCAUUUGUAGGAAAAACAGAAUUUGCCGAUGGUGAAUGGAUCGGUGUUGUUCUCGAUGAACCAAAAGGUAAAAAUAAUGGCACUGUACAGAAGAAAGAUGGAACAAUCGUUUCAUAUUUUUCAUGUAAUGAGAAUCAUGGUCUUUAUGUUCGAGCUGGACAAAUUGAAUCUGUUAUUAGUGAUUCUCAAACAAAUCUUCCACGAUCAGCUUCUAGCCAUUCAGUUAAAUCUCAAGCAAGUAGUACAGGAAAUAUUCCAAUACCAACAACACCUGGAAUCCCAGCAAAAUCAUCUGGUUUACCAUCAAAGCAAAGUGGACUUCGAGCACCAACAUCGCAUACAUCUAUACGACCUGCAGGAAUUGAUAUUGAUGACGAUUCAACAGGCCUUACUCGAUCAACACAAUCAUCAAAUGAGAUUACUAAAAUAGCCACAAAUGAAAGAAUAUCGCCACCUAAAGAAGAAAUUAAACCACCUAAAGAAGAAAUUAAACGACCUAAAGAAGAAAUUAAACCACCUAAAGAAGAAAUUAAACCACCUAAAGAAGAAAUUAAACCACCUCCAGUAGCUGUACUCCAACCUAAACCCACAAUACCAGUGCCAUCACCAGCACCUUUAACUCAAUCAACUAAUAUUCAACAAAGUUCAAUCUCUGAUUUAUCUGAAUCUCAAGAAUUAAUCAAUAAUCUCAAAACUAAAAUAACAGAUCAAGAAGAACAAAUUCAAACAUUAAUAAAAAAACGUCGCGAUGAUGUUGAAAAACUUAAAGAAUUUGAACGUACUAAAAUUCAACUUGAUCAAUUACAAUCAUAUAAACGUGAAGCACAAGAACGUAUGAAAGAAUUAAAUGAUAAAUUACAACAACAAGAAAAUGAACUUAAAGAUACACGCGAUAAAUUUGCUGCUUAUCGUGAUGAAAUGAAUGAUACUGAAGAACGAAUCGAAUCACUUACACUCGAUCUUGAAAUGGCUGAAGAAAAACUUGAAACUGUAACGUCAGAAAAUACAACAUUAAAAGAAAAAAUUGAAGAAGUUCAAUUAGAAUUAGAUGUUAUUAAAGGUGAAAUACAAUUAAAUGGACCUAAUCAAGUAGCAAAUGGAAUACAAAAAAAAAUUGAUGAUGAACGAACAAUUAAAUUGGAACAAGCAUUAAUUAAAUUACGUGAUUUAUCAUUAACAAAACAAGCUGAAAAUGAUAUAUUAAAAAAACAAUCCGAAACAUUAGAACAUAAAGUUAAAGUAUUAACAAAAGAGAAUGAAAAUGCUAAAGCUGAUAUUACAACAAUGCAAGCAACAAUUGCUGAUUUACAAGAACAGGUGGAUACAUGUUUGGGUGCUCAACAAAUGGUUGAUAUCUUAACAACUAAAAAUCUAUCACUUGAAGAUCAAGUUCGAGAAUUACAAGAAACAGUUGAUAAUCUUGAAUCACUUUGUGACAUGAACAAAGGUAAAAAUAAUGUAUUAUUUAAAAAUUUAAUCUAUGUAUUUUUUGAAAUAGAAAUGGAAGAACAUGUCAAAGAACUUGAACAUGAUCUAAGAGAAAAUAUUGAUUUAUUACAGAACCAACUUCGUGAGAAAGAAAGACAAAUCGAACAACUUCAAUAUACAAUUGGAGAUCAUGAAAGAACAAUAUUAAAAUUUCGUGAAACUGUUAAAAAUAUGCAAUUUCAAAAUGAACAAACUAAAAAACAAAUCGAAAAAUAUGAUGAACAACUUAAAUUCGUUGGUUCAGUACAAUCAAGUGAUUUUAAAGCAAAAAUUGUUGAAACAAAAACUUAUGGAGAAAUUAUUGAAGGUGAAUUAAAAAAAAUUGAUGUACAUAAUUUAUCACGACAUGUUCAAUUAUUAACAAUAUUUUUACCUGAACAAUUUGUUAAACGUGGAGCUGAUCAUGAUUGUAUACUUGUUUUUUUACUUAUACAACGAUUAAUUGCAAAAUGUGAUUUAUUAACAAAUGAAAUUGAAAAGAAAGUUGAAAGAAUUAAUCAAGUAAAUUUUGAUGAUGUUAUUAAAUCACACCGUGCAGAACAGUGGAGUUUUACGUGUAAACUUUGUUUAUCAUUAUCAAUUUUUCGAAUGAUUCUUAAAAAAUAUCUUAAAGCAAUGGAAACAUGUAAUCCAGAUACAUUUCGUCUUUUAGCAAAUACUUAUCAUGAUUUAUUAUCAUAUGAAAAAUCACUCGACUUUCUUAUUGAACUUUUACAAAAAGAUCAAAUACAUGAUUCAAUAUCAUUAAGUUCUUUAGAUAAAACAAUAAUAUUUUAUGAACAUGUUUAUAAAAAUUAUUUAAAUCAAGAAAAAUUUUCCAUGUCAAACUAUAUGCGAGAUCUAGCACGUGUUGUCUUAUUAAGUAGUGAUGCACUUCAAACAGAUAUUCAACGUAUACAACUUUUACAAAAGCCUAGUAAUGAUCAAAGUCCAUUUGCUGCUCUUGUUCAACGUCUUGUCGAAAGUAAUGAACAAAUGCGAGCACAAGCAGCCAAAAUUAAUCGUCUUGUAUCACAUGAAGAUGAUAUGAAUUAUUCAUUAACUCUUGAUACAGAUACAAUAUCCUCGAUUGAAUUAACCAUUCAACAUUUAGAUCGUUUAGCUAAAACAUUUCAUGAGAUAUGUUCUGAUUUAACAACUCAAAUUUUAUUACUUGCUGAUGCUAAUGAACGUAUAAGUGUACAAGAUAUUGAAAGUAUUGCAUAUCAGGCAUGUGAUAAAGUUUAUAAAAAAGAAGAUAGUGGUCCAUAUGAUAGUCUUUGGGAUUCUAUGCAUGAAACUGUUUCAACAUUAAAAACAAUUAGUGAUUCACUUGAACAUGGUUUAUUUGAUUCAAAUGAACCAAAUGAAAAACCUAAACAAGCAAUUUAUUUAAUUGCUGAACAAUUAAAAGCAUCAAUGAAUGAAGCAGAUUUAAUUCGUAGGCGCUUAGAAUUAAAAGAAGAAGAAUUAAUUGAUCUUAAAAAAAUGUUUAAAUUAAAACAUGAUGAAUUAAGUGAAUUAAAUAUACGUUUAUCAUUGAAUGAGAAAAGAGUUGAAAGUUUACAAAAAGAAUCUGAUGAAAAAGCUAAUAAACUUAAACAAGUUUUAGAAGAAGCUCGAAUUGAUGCUGAAAAAAAAAUCAAACAAUGCGAAGAUGCUAUAGCUGUAUUACAAAAUGAUAAUGAACAACUUGAACAAGAAAAAAGUGCAUUAAAAGAGCGUCUUAAACAAUUAACAAAAACCAAACUUGUUGAUGAUCUUAUACAGAAAAAAGUUGGUGCAACACAAAGAACAUCUGGUCUACUAAGUCCAACAACUGAUGGUGGAAUUUCUCCACAACGACAAUUAUCAUCAUCAUAUAGCAAUGAAGGAAUGAUCGGAUCAACAGUCAAUGAACAAGAAAUAAUAGCACUUCGAAAUACGAUUCGUUUAUUAAAAGAUGAAUUAUGGCAAUUAAAAAUAACGCGUACAUCAAAUGAAUUAUCGAAACUUCAAAUACCAUUAAAAGAUAAUAAAACUAAUGAAAUAGCUGAUAUUUAUAAAAGUUCAACAUUACUUUUAAAUGAUUUAUUUACCACAAUUGCUAAUUAUAAGAUAACAGGAGAAAAUGUUGCUGUUAAACAAGAAUUAAUACGUUCAAAAAUGAAAUUAGUUGAUCAAACAGCAUUUAAUCUUAAUCAUCGUCUAAAUCAAUGUCAAAGUAAUAUUCUUCCUGGUUCAAUAAUACAAACAACUAUGAAAACAUUUUCAAAUCCACAGUUUUCUAAAUCUCUUACACAAGAUCGACAAUUAGCAGCAGAAAUUCAUUUACCUGGUGUUAAUACUGGUGGUGAAUUAGAUAUAACUCAAGAACAAUAUCGUACUAUUUUGCAUGAAGUUAUUGGUUGUAAUUAA